AUGGUCGUUCAAGCACAAUUGAUAAUGCUACGUCUGGAAUGUUUGCUGAGCACGGAAAGCGAGAAUGUUCGUGUAGUGACCGUCGAAAUUUCUCCGAAUGAGCGCAUCAGUGUAUUACAAGAUCGGCUACGUAAGGAGCUGGAUGCGAUGGAGUUUCAAGCAAAACCAGGCACGACCAUGAUACUCUACCACGUGCAAAAGCAGAGACUCACCUAUCGCCAGGACCCAACGACAAAGCUGGACGUGCUAUUCCUCGAUGGUGUUAAAGCAUCUGCAUCCGAUGCAAGUAGUACGGCAGUGCUCCAGAAUGCAACGCAGCUUGUGCCAUGGACGAUCAUAUCGUGGUAUUUGCAGGACCAGCAGUUUACCUUCCCCGAUGCUGUCGACAUUGUGGUCGUGUGGAAGAAAAGUGAUGAGGAACUUGUGUAG